AUGAAUUCUCAUCCGGAUUUUCGGCGUCCCGAUAGAAUAAAUCGAUAUAAGCCACCAACCUCAAAUGGACAAGGUGAAACAAAUGAGGAUCUAACACCAGAUUAUAUGAACAUAUUGGGUAUGAUAUUCUCCAUGUGCGGUUUAAUGAUGCGUUUAAAAUGGUCUGCAUGGUUGGCUCUAUACUGCUCUUGUAUCUCCUUUGCUAACUCUCGGGUUAGUGAUGAUGCCAAACAAAUUUUGAGUUCGUUUAUGUUAAGUGUUAGUGCAGUAGUUAUGUCAUAUUUACAAAAUCCUACUCCGAUGUCACCUCCUUGGGCACAAACGUAA